GAGGCAGAGCUGGGAUUCGAACCCACGACCUCCGACUCCCAAGCCCGGGCCCUUUCCACUGAGCCACGCGGCCUUGCCAUGGAUUUCCCGCCCAGCCUCUUCCCGACGUUCGUGACCCCCGGGCCGCCCAUCCCGGCCGAGCCCCCCGUCCCGCCCCCCAUCCCCAGCCGUGCGGACUGCAUCCGACUGCAGCCCGCGGGGAGGCCGGGCCCGGGGGCCGACCCCCAGUUCGUGGCAUCGCACACAACGGCGGGGGACACGUGGGAGGCAGAGACCCCUAACCCUCUUCCCCUUCUGCUGCCUGGCUCAGGCUGGGAUCCCGGUCUGGCACCCCAAGAUCUCCUUUUCCGGCGGCCUCUGAAGCGCCAGGCAGGGAUCGGAGCUGGGUCCACGGUUGCGGUGGACUUUACAGAGCAGCUGGACAAAUUUUUCUGGGAUCAUGGUGAUGUGGUCUUCGGGCCCUAUGGGAAGCUGAUGCGGGAUGACUUCAAGCUGGUACAACUGAGGAGAGGACGAUCGAGGGAAAAGACAACAGCCAGAGUGUGGCCACUGCUCCAAGAUCUGAGUGAUCACCAGCCUUGGGGGUGUCCCUGGGCCCACGUGACCCACCGGCAACGUCGAUUCUCCCGCAUGCUGAGGCCGGUGCUGGAGGCCGACCUGGCUGGGGACCUGGUGGGAAAUCUGCUGCAGGAGGAGCUAGGGGGAUGCUGGCGGCGAUUGCUCUUUGAUGAAGCUCCCACUGGGGGGUCACUUGGCUGGUUUCCGGGACCUUGUGGGGGCCAGCUGGUCUACCCUGCAGGCAGCGCUGCCGAGGAACUGUAUUUCCAGGACAUCGCGCUGUCUUCGGCCGGAGCCCCCCAGGCUCACGGAGCGCCGACCCGCGUUCGACUCCGUGGGCCCGUCCGGCAGGUGGUGACGGGGACCGUCCAGGGGGAAGCCCUGGCAGCCGUGCGGUCCGAUCACCACUGUGCUGUAUGGAGGCUUCGCAGGACGGGGAAGCCAACGCCUCUGCAGGUGCUGGCUACAGAGACGGGAGCCACGUCUCUGGCCCUCAGCCCUCACCUUCCUGGCGAACUGACCGUCUGCACCGGUGCGGGAGCCGUCUACCUGUGGAGCCUGCAGAAUGGGCUCCAGCGGGUCCGCAGAAACACUGAGACCUUGGCUUUUCACGAUCCAUCACCCUGGCGCUGGGCAGACUUCACUGCCCACCCCCGGGUGUUGACCAUUGCUGACCGCACCGGAGUGGACACUGCGGACACCAGGGUCUCCCUGAGUUGUGGCCAACACCUGUUCCGUGUGGGCGCAGAGGCUGCAUGCCAGCAAGGAGAGAGGGUAUUGCUGCUGCGGCACCUUGCUCCCCACCUCCCCACGCUGCACCUUGUCCUCACGCAGUUCUCACUGUACCUGCUCGAUGAACGUCUGCCCUUAGUGCCGAUGGUUAAAUGGGACCACGGGCUCCCUUCUCUGCCCCGCCUGGCCCAGCUACUGCCUCCUCAGAACUCCAAGUGCCAACAUCCUCUCCUUCUUGGAGGGUCUGGAGGGGAACUGCGGCUGCUGCAGAUCUCAGGCAAAAGUGGUUCUCCCCCUCAGUUCACCGGGCCCCCACUGGCCCUCCCAUCACUGGCUGAUGCCCUCCCUGACUUCCCACCAGCCGAACCUCGCAGUCACCAUUUGCUGAAGGAGAGAUUGCGUGCUCCAGCUACAGGCCUCGCUGCUGCCUCUGGCCUCCCUGGGCCUCCGUGCUCUUUGCUGAUCUUCCAGCUGUCCGCUGCCGGCGAUGUCUUCUAUCACCGUCUGCUACACCGGUCAGAGGCCGACCCCAGCAAGGACACCGGGGAGGCUGUGGGCCCUGGGCCAAAUGAUGACUCCUCUGGAACCCGUGCCGUUGAUCAUGACCCAAGCCCGGGGACUGACCCUGACACCGAGACGACUGCUGCUUCCAACCCCUCUGCAGGUUCCAGGCAGGCCCCCUUCUCUGCUGGUGGGGACUCGCAGGCCGCCGACUGCUGGCAGGGUUGGCUGAGCACCCUCCUUCAAGGCGCCUCUCACCCUCCUCAGUCCCCCUGGGCCCCCCCAACUUUUGCUCGACGAAAGCUUCUUUCCCUGGGGCAGCAGGGAGCCUCGAGCUCAGUGGCGGCGGCGGCCCGCAGCGGGCUCCUCGUGGCCAUGGCUGAGGGGCAGCUGCUGCACCCAAAGGACCUGGGCCUGGCUCCCACUCAGCCCUCCCCGGCCCCCGGCCCCCUGCCCGGCAGUUGCAGCAAUGACCUGAACGAACGUCUGGGAGCAGCCUGGGGGGGCCAGGGCCGAGCAUGGUGGGAAGCUCGGCAGGUUGGGGCCCGCAAGGAGAGGGCUCAGCGGCUGCGGGAGAGGCGCCAGCAAGCAAAGCGCAGGCAACCCCGGCCCCAGCUCUCCAGCUCUUUCUCCUCUUUCUCCUCUUUCUCUGUCUGCUCCUUCAGUGCCCGCUCUGACCUCUCAGACUGCCCCAGUCCCCCCCACAGCCCCGCCCGCGUGGCCCACAGCAGCCCUACCCAUACUGGCCUCAGCAGCCCCGCUGGCAGUGCCCCUCUGCAGGCCUCCAGUGACCUCCCCAAGGCCUCUAAACCCUCCUCUUCUCUGCCCUUCUCAGUGCGCCAAGUCCCGGGCCUCCCCCGGGAGCGCUUACGAGUGCUCCGGAAAUAUCUGGCUGCCCUACCAGAGUCCCAGGCCCCGCUUUCCGUCUCUCCUUCUCCCAACCCCAGCCUGGAGCCCAGCUCAGUCCUUUCCCAGGACCCGAGCAUCAGAACCCAGGCUCCUUCCUCCCUCUCCUCACAGCCCCAGAAGAAGAGAUCCCGUAUGGGCUUCUGAGUUGCGGGGCGUCUGAUCCUCUGCCUCUCCCAGGUAGCUGGUAAGAGGUGUGCAAAUAAGAGAAUGUGGACCAAUAAAUGGAAGGUGACUUGGGGACUAAGGUGGCUGACUGGAAUAAGAAGGGUAAGCAGGUAGCAGAGAA